GCCGGAAAGGGGGUUUUUGAAGGGCUCUCAGUCAGACCCGAAACCCCCAAAUUGAAUGGUAUUUUGAAACCCUCUCUCUCUUCUUCUUCUUCUUCGAGAGCGCAUCAGCGAUGGCUGAAGAAGGAGCAGCGUCUAGCAAAUCGGAAGCGUUGGCCACAAUGCCUCAAGAGCCCCUCGCGCCGUCCCACCAGGCCUCCAACGAUGCCACCGUCGAGUCUAACCCUCUCGGAGGAGCGGCGGAUUCCGCAUGCAACAGCAACAGCAGCAUCAACCAUCCGGAGAGCUCCGUUUUGACCUCGGACGGCGACGGCGGCGGAGAUAAGUCGCUGGGGUUCGCGGAUGAGUUGAUGGAGGGCGGUUCCACAGCUCUUAAAGAUGGCAACUAUGUCGAGGCCACUGAAUGCUUCAGCCGAGCCCUAGAGAUCAGGGUGGCACAUUAUGGAGAACUCGCCUUGGAGUGUGUCAGUUCAUACUACAAGUAUGGAUGUGCACUUCUAUAUAAGGCUCAAGAGGAGGCCGAUCCAUUGGGUACUGUACCCAAAAAGGACGCCCAAAGUCAAGUAUCUGAUAAAGAUGGAGAAAGGAAUACUUUACGCGGUGAAUCUUCUAUAGCAUCUGUUUCUAGUAAUAUUGAUCGGGAUGGAAGUUCACAUCAUCAGGAUGGAGCGACAGAUGAUGGUUCUGGAGGGAAGGACCAAGAAGAAGAAGAUGAUGAGGAUUGUGAUGCCGAGGAUCUUGCUGAAGCAGAUGAAGAUGAGUCUGAUCUGGACUUGGCAUGGAAAAUGCUGGAUAUCGCAAGGGCGAUCCUUGAAAAACACUCUGUUGAAACAGUUGAGAAGGUGGACAUAUUGUCAGCUCUGGCAGAAGUUGCACUGGAAAGAGAGGACAUCGAAACUUCUCUCAGUGACUACCAAAAAGCUUUAUCCAUGUUAGAGAAAUUGGUUGAACCAGAUAGUCGACAGAUAGCGGAACUAAACUUUCGGAUAUGCUUGUGUUUGGAGAUUGGCUCUAAGCCAGGUGAAGCCAUUCCGUAUUGCCAGAAGGCUAUAUCUAUCUGCAAAUCGCGGGUUCAUCGUCUAAUGGAUGAAGUGAAGAUUUCUUCUGAAUCAGCACUAUCAGCUGUUUCUUCAUCUGAUGGAGGUGUCAACCCAUCGUCGAGUGAUUCACCUUCAGACAAGGCUUCAGCAGAUAAGGAAGCUGAGAUCAAAACACUAAAUGGCCUCUCGAGUGAGCUGGAAAAGAAGUUGGAAGAUCUGCAACAGAUCGCUGCAAAUCCGACAUCAAUUCUCACUGAAAUUCUUGGAAUUGCAUCUGCCAAGGCAAAAGAGAUUGAGAAGAAAGCUUCCUCAGCUGCUAUGAGCUCCUCUCGUAUAGGAACAAUCAACAGCAAUGGAGAUUUUGACUCCCCAACAGCAUCCACUGCUCACACUAAUGGUGCUGCUGGAGUCACACAUCUUGGUGUGGUUGGAAGAGGCGUCAAGAGAGUGUCAAUGACAGCACAGUCUGGCCCAACAAAGAAACCUGCAGUUGAUUCGUCCGAGGAGAAACGAGAUAGUAACGAUUCCUGAAGUUGUUUGAUUCCCAGUGUGACGUAGUCCAUGCUUAACCCUGCAUAGCCUAGCAUAUAUUUGAAGGUUCUAUAACGGAUUGCUUAUUUUAGAUCACGAACCUUGGUUAACUGCUGUACUUCAUACUUUAUUGACUGCAUCUAGGUUCUGUCUGUUGUUAGAGGAUUGUUAAUGUUUUACAGCUCACAUCCUGGAAAGUCAUUUGGAUAUUUUGAAGGAAAUUCAUGUGGAAAGGCAAUUGUGCCGUGAAAU